ACUUCACAGUGAUAAAACUUUGUUUAUUGGUGGACUCACAAGUCGUGACCUACAUCUUAACGACGUCGUUUCUUCAACCCACCAUCGCCGGAAGCAAUCAACAAUGUCGGUUUCUGGUGGCGCUGUCAUCGUCGGCCGUCGUAACACCCGCCAUCACGUCGAGAAUCGUUUUUACUGCCCGCCUGCCCUGCGAAAACAGAGACAACAGCAGGAGGAGCAGGAGGAGCUUGAAUCAACGCUGAUGGAGAAUAACAGACCUUGUUCCUCUUCUGAUAACUCCGUUUCUUCUUCACUUGAGACGACAUGUGAGGCUUCCAAUUUGUGUAAAUUCUUGGAACACACCACUCCUUUUGUUCCCGCUCAAUACCGGCCCAUGAGAAGUAAGAGGAGAUUGAAAACAAUGGAGACAGAAUUGCAACCAUAUUUUGUGCUUGGGGACUUGUGGGAAUCUUUUAAGGAGUGGAGUGCAUAUGGAGCUGGUGUUCCAUUGGUGUUGUCUGGUAACGAAUCUGUUACACAGUAUUACAAUGUCUCCUUGUCUGCUAUUCAGCUUUAUAUUGAUCCAUCGAAACCUUCCCUGCGGUUAAGGAAACCUAGUAAGGAGAGUGAUUCCGAAUCAGCUAGAGAAACAAGCAGUGAUAGCAGCAGUGGCUAUCGUCAUGAAAGAGGAGCGAGGAGUGUAGUUAAUGGCAGUUCGAACCAGCCUAACUUUUCAGAUGCAAGCAAUCUUGGUCUGGAAAGAGUUUCACUAGGAAGUAAACCUGACACAUGUCCAUCAAGUGAUGAGAAUGGAAGCUGCAGUGCUAUCGGUCAGCUUGUAUUUGAAUACUUUGAGCGUGAAAUACCUUAUAAUCGUGAACCGUUAUCAGAUAAGAUUAACGAUCUUGCUGAACAAUUUCCUCAGUUGAAGACAUACCGGAGCUGUGAUCUUUCACCUUCAAGUUGGGUUUCAUUUGCUUGGUAUCCAAUAUAUAGAAUACCUGUCGGCCCCACACUACAGGACUUGAGCGCUUGUUUCAUCACCUUCCAUUCCCUAUCAACAUCUUCACAGAGUCUAACUACCAUAAAUUGUUCAAAAGAUAGGGACAUAUCAUCAAAGCUAUCACUACCAAUAUUCGGCCUUGCCUUUCAAAAGUUCGAUGUUUCUGUCUGGGAUCCUGAAGGGGAUUUUGAAGGUCAGAAAGCCAAUUCUCUGCUGCGAGCUGCUCACAACUGGAUUAGGCAGUUGCAAAUUUGCCAUCCUGAUUUCAAAUACUUUACUACCCAUUAUGCAUAUUGUAGAUGAGCAGAGUUUUAUCUAAUAAACUGAAGCAGGCAAGUCCCAGGUUUUGAAGUCUCGCCCGGUAUACUGCUAUUUUCUUUUCAAGGAUCACUUUAAAGUGUUCUCAUAAAACCAGAUUAAAACGGUAUACUCUUCGGUUUUCAGAGGAUGCAAGGCAUUUAUUUAACAAACAGCUUCUGCUUUUAUAUAGAAAAGGUGAAAUUGUCUCUGGAAAGUGUAUAUUUCACAUGUCAUUUUGUGCCUAGUUUUGUACAGACGAUGAGCAACAUUAUAAUUCUCAAUUUGUUCAUCCUUAUUGUGAUAUUUAUCCUAUAGAAUUGAAAUCAAUGGGAUAUUGAAUUAUUAGGACAUUCUAAUUGUUUUAUUUUACGAUCA